GUGGUUGAAGUGGGUUCAAGCUCGGAUCAAAAAAUAUAUAUAUAUCUAAGAAGACUAUAUCAUUAUUUUAGGGGGCGUGUUGUGUACAUACAAUAUUGUGCGAGUGUUUAUUUAUAAUAAAAAGCAAAAAUUACACUGUUUUUCUCAUCAACAAAAAAGAUGAAGUCACAAAUGCUUACAUUGAUCUCUCUAUGUUUCUUAUCACUCUCUGCGGCUAUCGAACCGUCCGAUGAUGGCAAAUUGCGUGUUUGUGUGGUCGAGUCUCGUGGCGUUUAUCGUAAAUCCCCUAAAUUUUGUCCACUACUCGAGAGGACUAGCAAUAUCGAAUGUGUCAUUGGGGUGGAUCGUUUGGAUUGUGUGCGACGCAUACACAAGGGUACAGCGCAUUUUGGUGUCCUUACAUCGGAGGAUUUGGUGGCUGCUCGUUGGUCUGGUGUUGAUAUAUUGGUGGCCAGUGAGCUGAGAUCACAUGACUCGCCAUUUGAAUACGAAAUAGUAGCCGUUGUACAUAAUGAAGCAAAUAUACAUACAGUUCAUGAUCUGCAUGGAGCAAAAUUAUGUCAUCCUGGCUAUGGUCUGGGCAAUCAUUGGACCGAUGUGUUGGCUAAUUACUUUGAAGCCACCAUGGUGGCCAAGUCAUGUGAUCCAGAGAUUAGUUUAACUGAAGAUCGCAUUGCUGCCUCAGCGAAAUUCUUUGGACCAAGUUGCAAGGCUGGUCCUUGGGUGCCAGAUCCCAAACAGGAUCGCAUAUUAAAGAAUCGUUAUCCAUCUUUAUGUGAAAUAUGCUACGAUCCUCAGAGUUGUGAUAACAGCGAUAAACACUGGGGUCGACGUGGUGCUCUCUAUUGUUUGACCAGUGGCGAAGGCAGUGUGGCCUGGGCCAGACUUGAUGAUGUUAAGAGUCAUUUUGGUUUUUCAGGCAUAGCUGCCCAGGCGAAUGCUGGGGAAUAUAGUUUCCUUUGUCCCAAUGGCCAUUUGCAGCCCAUAAAUGCUAGUCAACCGUGUGUCUGGGUAGCCAAACCAUGGCCCGUGGUGGCUGCUCGUCGUUCUCAUGCCGCCCAAAUCCAACGACUCGUCACUGGCCUAAAUCACGAUGAGUCAAAUAGUUGGCAAAAUGCUUUACUGAGCCUCUUGGAAACCUAUCAUGUCUAUACAAUGCCCUUGGAUAAUGUCAUAACAAUUGAUGAUUACCUGGAUCAGGCUACUUCAUUUCAAUCUGCGUACAGUUUCCCGGAAUGUAAUCCUCCUAGAUCGAUAGCUUUUUGCACUACCUCGAUUAUGCAGCAUAUAAAAUGCAGUUGGCUGGAAGAGGCCUCCAAGGUUUAUGGCAUUGAGCCAAAUAUACAAUGUAUACGAAGCAUGAAUGUGGAGAAAUGUAUGGAGGAUACUAAAUAUAAGGCCACCGACGUUCUACUCGUUGAUCAGGAGGAGCGUGUAAGGGCCCAGAGGGACUAUAAUCUGGUUCCAUUGUUGUAUGAGUAUUCGGCGAAUAUGCAUGAACGUUAUGUGACCAUUGCUUUGGUUCACAAGGAGUCAAAGUAUAUGAACUUCAAGGAUUUGCAAGGCGCUCGAGCUUGUUUGCCUUCCUAUGAGGGAGCAGCUCAUUUGUCGGUGCAGGAGACAAUUGUGAAUGCCACAGGGAAAGUGCAUUCCCUGCACAAUUACUUUCAUCGGGAUUCCUGUCUAUGGGAUCCGAAGAAAGGUCGUGAGUGUCCUUUGCAUUAUCAAGGAGAUCUGGGAGCUUUACGUUGUCUGGCCGAAGGAGCUGAUGUGGCCUUUAUUAGCUCGGAUGUUUAUAAGAAAUAUGUUAAUGGAAAUCUUACAACAGCAUGGCUAAGACCUGGAAAUUUCAAGUCUUAUCGUGUCCUUUGUCCUUAUGGUGGCAUCGAAAAACAUUCAAAAUUCGAAUAUUGUUAUCUUCAUUGGACAACUCGUGGUCAUCUAAUGACACAUAAUUCUACCCUGAUGCGUCGCAAUGAAAUCUAUAAUUCUUUAAGAGAUAUGGAUCAAUUAUUUGGACGUAAAUAUAAAAGUGAAACGCGUCCAUUUACCCUAUAUGGUUUGUUUGAUAAGAAGAAUGACAUAAUGUUCCGUGAUAACACAGAUGGACUUGUGGGUCUACAGGAUCUGCAUCGCGAUGAUGCCAAACGUUUAAUGGAGCACAUUUAUGAUCGCUAUGCCAGUACCCAAUACUAUCAUUCCAAAGAGAUCGAGAAUGGAGCACUUCGACUUGGAGAUAUUAUUAAUUUUAAGUUAUCUGUGUUCCUGGCCAUUUUAGUUACAUUGUGCUCAUAUACAUCUUAGAAACACAUACACUCACACACACAUUUAAUUUAAUUUAUUGUGAUAUUAUUUUAAAAGACAAGAGCCCACAAAUGAGUAAAACUAUUUUAAGAAUAAAAUAAAUUUGAAUUUUCUAUUUGAAAUCGAUACAUAUAACAAGAAACCAGUAUUUUGGCUCUAACGACAUGUGGUAACACUGAAACCCUUAAUAGGGGGAACGUGUCCUUGGAAGAAAAAUCAAGUCAAUAAACAACGUAAAUAAAGUAGAA